AACUCAAUCGCGUAACUUUUAACUUUUUCAUUACUCCCAAGGCAGUAUAAUAAUCAAAUUAUGCAUUAUUAUACUCUGUAUUAAACAUAAGAAAAAGAUCAACGUUUGUAGUGAAAAACAUUGGUGCCUAUCCGACUAAGAGUUGCAAGUAGUGAGCAGAUGCCUCUCAGUAUAACCAAAUAAAUAAUAGGCCCUUUUCCACCACAUGAACUUCCCCACUGUUCCCCCUGUGUUUCCACCAAAAACUACCGAGGUAGAUUUAGUUCUUAUAGGAACCUUUCGGAGUUCAGGUGGGACUUUUCCAAGCUACCAGGAACCUUUUCGGUUGCGGGCUGUGCUGUCGAACGCUAAUUGGUUGAACACAGUUCAGGAACUUUUGCGGGGUAUCUUUGUAGAAACAGGACUUUGGUCGCAACUUGGGAGGCUCUCUUUAUUUUUUUUAAACCGCCUCAAGUGAGUCGCAUCUUUACUCAUCAAGCUGAGAAAAACAGCACAACACACUUCCCACCUUCACAAUUAUGGAGCGGUGUGCCGCAUCCGGUCUGACUCGGCUAACAAAAUAAAGGUAUCUUACAUAAGCAUAAUAUACUUAAAGCACUUAUAGGUGGGUUGCAAUCAUGUGACCUAGAGGCACAUCCGGGCACUUCAGGGUUUCAGUUCAUGGUCUAAGCCCCAUUAGGCUGCCGUUUUUAACUUGAAUCAGUGCAGAUUCAGGCUUAUUUUGAAAGGUUUAGAGGCAAAUAUAAAAGCGAUAAUGAAAAAAAUAUUUCAAAUGGGAUGGAGUGGAUUUUUACACUCUUAAGAAAAACAUUUUUUAUUUUAAAGAUUUAAACCAUUUAUCAUCACCAAGAGGUUACUGCUUCCUCACUUCACUUGACACUUACUGUAUUUACAGAAGAAAAGAUUGGAGGCACAUCAUGUCUUUACAUCUGAAGGGUCCACAAAUUAGGCAUUAAUUCGUGAAAGACAAAGUUGGACUUAUUUGUGCAUCGGUAAGUAACGUAUUUUAUUGACAUAACGAGUGCCGUGCUGCUGUGAUCGUGACACUAAUGAGAAAAAUUAUGUUUCUUUGAAGUUGACUUUCUGCUACAAAUAUUAGUCUCAUCUACACUUCAUGUCUGCAGUUGUUUCUAUGAUGUGAAGUAUAUUUUGUCUCAAUAUUUAGAGCUGUAUAUGUCCUUGUUCAGUAUGAAGAUCUGCUAGCAAUAUCAAGAUAUAGUAUAUGCCGUUGAGCCUACGAGAUAUUUAUUCAGCUAGUUUAUUUAUACUAUUAUGGAUAAUUUCUUGACACUAACAAAUAUCACCAAUGACGCUAUAAUGUAGUCAGCAUCUAUGUCGAAUAAAGUCACAUCCAUUUUUCUUCUUCGAGUCUUAAUUGGCAUAAUGGUUAAGCAGUUUGAGCGUAGCAGUAAAACAAGUGAGAGUGAGUGUAGAGUUUGAGCAGCGUAUUGCUGUCCUGUUCUAGGGUGUUCCAAUCGUUCAAAUAGAGAGAUAGGAAAGCAUUCAUAGAGUCCUGAAAGAAGUCCUUCAUAAAGGUAAUAAAGUUAGGGAAAAAACGAAAGUGCUUAGAAGGAAAUGUUUGUUAAAAAUAACACUUUCAUCAUCCUGUGGUAUACAGUCAGAUUAUGCUUGUGUCUGUAUUAGAGAUGCGCAGUUUGCGGGCACAACCGCGGAGUCCACGGAUUAUCCGCGGAUCGGGCGGAUGAAAUUAAAAAAAAUUAGAUUUUAUCCGCGGGUCGGGUCGGGCGGUUGAAAAAAAAAAAAAAAGAUUUUAAAUAGAUUCAGGCGGGUGGCAGUUAAACCAAUUCGGAAAAAGAUAUACAUAGUUAAAUGUUGUUACCCACAUACGAAAAACGAGCAGGCACCUGCAGCAUAUGCCACAACAGAAGAAAAAAAGAAAAGAAGAGAUGGACACUUUUACGGAGCGGAGAAGGGACGCCUCGCCGGGGUCCGGGACCGAGGCCCCUUCCCCCGAGAGGGCCCCACUGGGAGCCGUAGCUGAGGCGAUCCGCGAGAAGGGCCCGACGCACGUCCAGGGUCACCACCGCGCCCACCGCACCGACACCCCGCCUCGUCCGCCUUCGCCGCGGCCGGCGUCACGCGCAGCAGGGCGCCUGGGCCUGCUGGACUAUGAUGAGGUGGAGCUCAGCAACCUGCAUAGACAAGUGCUGCAUGGGGAGGAGAACCAGGGUCAAGCUAAAGCUCUGUCUGCUGCCAAUGCAGUUAGAAGGUUAAACUCAAGUGUGGAGUGUGUCCCUUACCACCUCCAGCUUUCAUCUGAGAACGCCUUGCAGCUCAUUCAACAAUAUGACAUUGUGGCCGAUUGCUCAGACAAUGUCCCCACUCGUUACCUUGUCAAUGAUGCCUGUGUGCUCAGUGGUAAACCUCUAGUAUCAGCAAGUGCCCUGCGAAUGGAGGGACAGUUGACCAUUUACAACUAUGAUGGAGGCCCUUGCUACAGAUGCUUGUACCCAGUGCCUCCACCCCCAGAGACAGUGACCAACUGUUCUGACGGAGGCGUGCUCGGCGUCGUUCCAGGCAUAAUGGGUUGCUUUCAAGCACUGGAGGUCCUCAAGGUAGCCUCUGGACAAGGCUCUUCAUGUGGCCAGCACCUGGUAAUCUUUGAUGCUCAAAGUGCCAGAUUCAGAUCCAUCCGGUUGCGUCCUAAGCAGUCGGGUUGUGCAGUGUGUGGUGAGAAGCCCAGUGUAACGCAGCUAGUGGACUACGAGGCCUUCUGCGGGUCAGCUGCAACAGAUAAGUGUCGCAGACUGAACCUCCUGUCCAGAGAUCAGAGGAUCUCAGUGCAGGAUUACAAAUCCAUUGUGGACAAAGCAGAGCCUCAUCUCUUGUUGGAUGUGCGCCCUCUUGUGGAGGUGGAUAUUUGCCAUUUACCCAGCUCGCUGAACAUUCCGCUCGCAAGUUUAGAAGAGAGGAAUGGUGAACAUAUCCAGUUACUUCAGGAGCACAUCUGCCGAUUGAAACAGCAUAAGGCCGGUGACUACUGGCCUCCAGUUUAUGUGAUUUGUAAGCUGGGCAACGACUCUCAGAAGGCGGUGCAGGUUCUAGAGAAGAUGAGUGGAUCAGAAGUGGACAAUAUCUCAGCGAAAGACAUCUGCGGAGGCCUGAUGGCUUGGGCCCAGAGGGUAGACCUCACAUUCCCACAAUAUUAAUGUUUUUAUUGUUUUUUGAAAAUAAACAUGGUCAUUUUUUUA